AUGUCACAUAAAUGGGAAAAAACGAAAACAGAAUUUAGCGAGCACAGAAAAGUGGUACAUUCAACAAAGACCGAUGGUGAGCCAGCGAUGGCUGAACUGUGUCCUCUCUGUCCAUGUAAAUGUAUCGAAUUGCGUACACACCUUGCUGAGGAGCAUAAAAUAGCGGAAGAAGCAAUUGAGCGGCUGCUUUUGAAUACCGCGUCAUCAAGUCUGCUCAACGAUUCAGCAUCUGAUAAGAGUCUCAAUUUGGUGGGACUAGUGUUGCUUGAGAUUUCACAUUUAUUUCCAGUAUUGGUGCCAGGCGUUAGCGUUGUAUUACUUGACUAG